AUGUUCAAGAUCGGAUCAAGUUGUUGGUAUAAGAACAGAAGCAAUCCCCUUUCAAGAUCCUUGCCCACUGAAAAGUUUUACAGGCGGUUCUCUACCCACAUAGGAAGUAAACUAGAGGGUAAGGUAGCACUGAUCACUGGAGCAGCAAGCGGCAUUGGAAAGGAAACAGCAACCAAGUUCAUCAGCAAUGGUGCCAAAGUUGUGAUUGCCGAUGUCCAACAAAAACUUGGUGAAGACACGGCAAAAGAACUAGGGCCAAAUGCCACCUUCAUUGCCUGCGACGUUUCUAAAGAAUCAGACGUCUCUAAUGCCGUCGACUAUACAGUCUCUAAACACGGUCAACUUGAUGUCAUGUACAACAAUGCAGGAAUUGCAUGCCACACUCCCCCAAGCAUAGUUGCCCUGGAUCUCGCGGUGUUCGACCGUGUCAUGGCGAUCAAUGUCGGGGGUGUUGUUGCUGGGAUCAAGCAUGCGUCGCGCGUAAUGAUCCCACGUCGAACUGGCUCCAUUCUGUGCACUGCCAGUGUCACUGGACUGAUAGGUGGCCUGGCACAACACACAUAUUCCAUAUCAAAGGCUGCUGUGAUUGGAAUCAUGAAAUCUGCUGCAUCAGAGCUGUGCAAGUAUGGCAUUCGGGUCAACUGUAUUUCCCCUUUCGCCAUUCCAACUGCAUUUGUGAUGGAAGAACUGGUUGAGUACUUUCCAGGGAUUGAUACUCAGAGGCUUGUGGAUAUGGUACGUAGUACAGGUGUUUUGGAGGGAGCACAUUGUGAACCCAGUGACGUAGCCAAUGCUGCACUUUAUCUUGCAUCCGAUGAGGCCAAGUACGUUAAUGGGCAUAAUCUGGUGGUGGAUGGUGGCUUUACGUCGAUGAAGACUUUAGGGUUACCUGUAGAUCUGGUGAAAUGA